AACUUGAAAAUACAUGGCAUCAUCAAAGACAACAUUGAUGAUACUUCUCGUCGCACUCCUUCUCUCAUGUGUAUGGAUAUCAAAUGCAAGGGAGAUGAUGAAACAUCCACGAGAUGUGGAGUGUGUUGGAGCAUGUCCACCGACGACGAUGCAUCAAUAUCAAUAUUUUGGAAGUUGCUUUAAAGAUGACGAUUGCCGAAACAGUUGUUUCCAAUCUUGCAAAUUCCUAAAAUGUUCAAAUCAUGAAUGUGACUGCCAACAAUGUUAG